CCCUCAUUCCUUGCAGAACCACCCGCCAAACCGCCAACAUGUCGACUCAGCAGCCACCUCAAAUCGUGACCAAGAGUCUCUCCUACACCUUUCCUGACUUUUCCACGGGCGUCCAGAACAUCACUCUUGAUCUGCCUCCGCGCUCACGAACGCUUCUGAUUGGUGCCAACGGCGCUGGCAAGACGACUCUUUUGCGUCUUCUAGCUGGAAAGCGCCUGGCCCCGGGAGAUUGCAUCUCCAUCUGUGGCGUCGAUCCCUUCAAAGACGGCCUCGAAGGCGUCACGUAUCUCGGUCUCGAAUGGGUACUCAACCCCAUCGUGCGCAACGACAUUGGCGUCGUGGAGCUGCUUCGGUCUGUUGGCGGUGAUGCCUAUCCCGAGCGCCGUGACGAGCUAGUUGACAUGCUUGAUAUCGACAUCAACUGGCGUAUGCACGCCGUAUCCGAUGGUGAGCGUCGCAGAGUCCAGCUAGCAAUGGGUCUUUUACGUCCUUGGACCGUGCUCUUCCUGGAUGAGAUCACUGUCGAUCUUGAUGUCUUGACUCGUUAUGAGUUCCUCGCCUGGCUGAAGCGUGAGACGGAGAACCGGGAGUGCACAAUCGUCUAUGCUACUCACAUCUUGGAUAAUCUGGCCGGCUGGCCUACCCAUCUCGUCCACAUGCAUCUCGGCACUGUCAAGGAGUGGGACACUGCAGAAAACAUGCUGCAGGCCGUUGAUUCAAGUGUUGGGUCCACUGGCAAUAGCCGUCUCGGAGAGUUGGUCAUGGGCUGGUUGAGAGACGACCUAAAGGAGAGAGGACCGAGAAGCCAGGUCAACCGUGCUCCUGAGGGCAGGACCUAUGGCUUUGGUGCCAUCAAGAUUGGAGGAUAUGGCGAUGAGUCCAAGCAAAGGGAGAACUAAGAAGAAAAAAAUUACAGUGCCUCAAGCACGAGGUCUCUCAAAUCCACGGAGAAGACAUUUUUCGUUGGAGAUGAUGCCUUCAACGGCUUCUCAGACGAUACAUGAGGUGGAUCUUUUCUUUGUUAUCAUAAAUGGGUCGGUGAGCACAGCAUUCAACGGUGCACGGCGUUGCUAUUUGGCGGAGGGGCAGGCCUCAACUCUGCCUUGACAGCCGGAUUUCAGUUUCAUUCUGUUUUCAACACUCUGGGAUGGGAUAGCUGAUGGAUAAAUCGCAUUUCUGGUUUUUUCCCCUUUUCUCUUCAUUUUCCUGUCUUAUUUAUUCUUUUUGAUGAUACCCUGAAUUUCAACCGAUGGGAUAUAGGCAGCUGGUCUGUUUCAACUAGGCCUAAUCAAUAUAUCAAUACAACGCCACCAUAAAAAGGUGCAAUAUUUUUCCUUCUCCCUAGCUUCUUCAUCUUCAUCUAUAUAGACAUCUUUGCCCGUGCU